AUGGUCAAUCUCGAUCUCGACGCGUGCCUUGAACGGUUAUACAAAAAGCAACUCUUGGCUGAAUGCGUGCUCAAGGAGAUUUGCGAACGAACCAAAGAACUCUUGAUGCGUGAGAGCAACGUUGUUCAUAUCGGUGCACCUGUCACAGUAGUGGGCGAUAUCCAUGGGCAAUACUAUGACUUGAUUGAGAUAUUUCGCAUUGGUGGCUAUUGUCCAGACACAAAUUACCUAUUCCUUGGCGAUUAUGUGGAUCGAGGAUUAUUCAGCGUCGAAACCAUCUCCUUACUUACAUGCCUCAAAUUACGAUACCCCGAUCGCGUACAGCUUGUGCGUGGUAACCAUGAAUCCAGGGCGGUGACCCAGACAUAUGGAUUCUAUACCGAGUGUGUGCGGAAAUAUGGAUCCCAUAGCGUAUGGCAAUACUUUACCGACAUGUUUGACUUUUUAACGUUAUCGGUGGUCAUUGAUAACAGCAUCUUUUGUGUACAUGGUGGUCUAUCACCCACCAUCCAUGUCUUGGAUCAAAUCAAGGUCAUUGAUCGAUUUCGAGAAAUACCCCAUGAAGGUGCAAUGGCUGAUUUGGUAUGGUCUGAUCCGGAUCCUGACAAGGAAGAGUUUGCCAUUUCUGCUCGCGGGGCGGGAUAUACAUUCGGCACGCUUGUGGUUGAUCGAUUCCUUCAUAUGAACAACAUGAGUCAUAUUUUACGAGCACAUCAGCUGUGUAAUGCAGGAUAUCAGGUGUUAUUCAAUGAUAAGCUCUCAACGGUCUGGUCAGCACCCAACUAUUGUUACAGAUGCGGCAACUUGGCUUCUAUAUUGGAAGUGGGAGUAGAUGGAUCAAGAUUCUUCAAUGUAUUCGAUGCAGCACCAGAAAACGAUCGUAAUCCACAACAAGCACAACUCAAGCAAGAGAAUCAGAUCGAAUACUUCAUUUAG